GUGCUGGCGAACGAUCCUGUAACUCCAAUCGACAAUCGUUGUCUGCCUUCUUCAUGUCUUGUUGCAGAGACCAGUUUCAUCUAGUGACACGUCCUUUCCCUACCGUGUUCCCUCUCCGUUUAUGGCACCUUUUAGUCUGUUCAACAACCAUUCCAAUACACGGCUAGAGUACUACAGGUUUCACAGAAAGGCACCAGACAAAACCUGCUCAUAGGCUGUCGCACGUACUGGGACACGCGGCGUGAGAACAACAACGAGGGACGGGGGUCAAGAACCUCUUAGAACCUCCGUCGCCAUGGCUCGAAGUGGCGGGCACAUGAUCCUCGCGAGUAGCGCCUUGAGCAUCUUGGUGUUCGCCGCCCUCGUGCAAUAUUACGUCCACACCCAAUUCCCUGUACACAGGCCAGGAAGCAAGGUGAUCGACUUUCUCUCGUAUCUCCUCUCGUUCGUCACUCUCCCUGUCAUCCGGCAGUUCUUCACCAUCAACGAAGCGUACUGGGAUAGCGACCACGAGUUGCAAGGGAUCAAAACGGGUGUGGAUGUCUACCGCGAUGACCAUGGUAUUCCGUAUGUCUUCGGUCACAAUGAUAUUCCCUCUGUCGGUGACCUCCCGUGGAAAAUAAAUCGACGACGGACGAUGUCGGCUACGUUCAAGCAUUUAUCGAAUAUACAGGUAACAGGCGUCGUGUCCAACUUAUGGAAGUAUCUCACAGAAGGAAGCAGCGGUAGAGAGCGCAAGGUUCUUCGCAUGAAUGGGCUCCUGAUCGACAGCAAAACUAUCGAAAAGAAACUCGCAGUGCUCCCACCAGAUGGCCUGUACAAGCUCCGUCGUGUGGCCCAAGCCUGGAGCGAAGCCGCUGCGAAGCUUCCAGCGAGGCCUAUCGAAUUUGCAUUGCUCGACUGGGAGCCGUCCACAGAUUGGACGCCUAAGGAAGUUAUUCAAAUUUCCUUGGCCUUCUCUCUUUUCCUCAAUCGAGGACUCACAAUCGAUUUCUGCCGGGUGCUUCUGAAGAAGGAAUUGGGGCGCUACUGGAAGACCUUUGACAUUCGCCUGUCAGACCCGCGCAUCCCCUUCGUGAAUUCAGAGGGAAUGUUUCCUUCUCUCUUCGACCAAAAUGGCUUACGCAUUUCUCUCUCUCCUGCAAAGGAGAAAAUGGACGACGCUUGGGCCCGGCACCGACCGGGAGAUGUGCACGGCCCCCAGAAGGGAUUUGGUGAAUCGCGUUCUGUCACAUCUGCGAGGAACGCAGAAUCCCGCAUGCAGCAGAAUGACGGAAAGAAUUCUACCGGGGAAGACGAAAAGAGACACAAAUUAGAGCAUGAGGGAGAAACGGCAGGAAAGCCAGGGCGUGGUAGAAGCAACCCGAAAGGCGGCGUGAACAACCCUUCAGUUACAUGGGGAGGAUGGGGAGGUAGCAACAGCUGGGCAGUGUCAGGGAAGUAUACAGCGUCCGGCUUUCCGAUUCUAGCUGGCGACCCUCAUCUCGAGGCUCAUGCUCCGGGAUUUUGGUUGCCGAUUUUCCGUUCUGUCGGGCCGUCUUCUCUCCUGACGACUGACUCCGAUGCUUCCCGAACAUGGGCAGGGAGGGAAAACCAUGGAGUCGACGGUGGUGAAGGACAUGCAGCGGGCACAAACGAAGAACCGUCACGGGUCGUCGGCGCAGCGUUUGUUGGGAGUGCGACAAUUUUCGUCGGACACAAUGGCAACUCUGCGUGGAGCCAGACAAUUGCGCACACAGACAUUGAAGAUCUUUUUCUUGUCAAGUUGGACCGCUCCGGCAAGAACUAUUUGUACGAUGGACAGUGGAUUCCUCUGCACACGCGCGUUGAAGAAAUCUUCGUUAAGGGAGUUGCGAAUCCUAUCAAACGCCUGCUUCGUUUCACGCACCACGGGCCGCUCAUCAGUGACGUGUACAAAGAGCUGCGUGCGCUCGUGAAAGAUGAUGAGGCACUCGCCUUCGCUUCUGUUGCAGCCCGUGCGCACCCCGCCAUCAACUUCGGAGACAAGUUGAACUCUGCGAAGGACUGGAGAGACUUGGUGGCGCUGGGUCGUGAAAAUGAACAGAUCGAGUUCGUCACGAUAUGGGCAACACGCGAAGGAGACAUUGGUGCCUCUCUGACGGGAGGCGUACCAGCACGGUCCCUACCACCAGACGGAGGCGGUGAUUUCCGUGAUGGAUCGAAGUCUUCUGCGGAUUGGAAUGGUGUCGUGCCAACCGAAGCUUUGCCUCAUGUCAUGAACCCGCCUCAAGGAUUCAUCGCAACGGCAAACUGCCAGCUGGCACCCGACGAGAAAGACAUCCUCGGCCAGGCAUACGUUCCAGGUCGAAUCAGGAGAAUCCAUGAGAGGCUCAACGCGCUCGUCAAAGAAAAGAAGAUCACCGUCCAGGACAUGAUGGACGUGCAACUUGAUAUUGAAAGCGUUAACGGUCGCGAAUUUCGUGAGUACGUUCUCCGGACCGUCCUUUUUGCCUUCGACUCGUCCGCUCUAGGAGACCCUGAGAAGAGCGGAGAGAAGCCAAGAAAAGUUAACGAGGCGGAACAGUCCACAAAACAAGGCAACGAAAACGAUGGUUCUUCCUACAUUAGCCCUGACGAACAAAGAGUACGAGAGAUAUGCGCCAAAGAGGGUGUAAACCAACACGACGGAGAGCUCCUGGCAGACAUUCUCCGCACGUGGGACGGGAGGAUGAAUGUCGAGUCGGUCGGGGCGACAGUCUACGAGGUGUGGAUGCAGUGGAUGCUCCAGGACCUCUUCAAGCUUCACAAAUUCUCUGACCACGCUCUCUUUGUCGUUGCAGGAGGCGGGUUUCAUGCGCUCUGGCUGCCUCGCACAGAAAUGCUUAAUCACUGGCGGAACAACCUCCUACGUGCUCUGGAGAACAACGACAAUUUGAUUUCCGAUGUCACAACGCCGGUCUCACUUCUCUGUAAGAGUGCCUCCUCGGCUUUACGGUGGCUAAGGGCGCGCUACGGAGAAGCUGGCCCUCUCUGGUAUUGGGGCUCCGUUCGUGCUCGAUUCUUCACGCAUACGAUGGGGGAGGCAGUUCCCCUGCUUCGGCACACAGCCUCCAUUGGCCCUUGGAGGUGGGGCGGGAAUUUCGGGACGAUCCGCGCUCACCACAGUGAACCCCACGUCCUAAGUCACGAGAUGCCCCAGAAUAGUCAAUUCACGAAAGGCCUAGAUACUCCAACGUUUCGCAUGGUUGUCGAUACGGGAGACUUCAAGAACAGCUACUGGUCUUUUGCACCAGGCGUCUCCGGGUGGAUUGGCAGUCGCCACUACGAAGACAUGGCGCAUUCGAUGGCUGAAGGUUCAGGUGCGAAACAAAAAAACACACGGAUGACACUUCCCAUUCGUCAUUCCGAGUCGAGUCCUGUUUCUCGUCGUGUUUUGCGUCUUCAUGUUUUUCCAUUUCCCCGUGUCGUAAUUCUCGCUUCACUUCUUUUCUCUGUCUCGGCGCAUGUUCUUCAGAAGUCAUGCUUCCCAUGUUGUGGACAGACGAGCAGGUCGCCGCUGCUGCCGUCACGCACUCUCGGUUUCUUCCUGUGGGCUUUAAGGCACCCAGGCACAGAGGAGGUGGAAGCCGAAAGGAAACUGAGUUUUAGGAUCGGAUUGUUGCUGGCCAGUCACCUUGCUAGAAACUGGACGAAGUGUUUUUGCGCCUGGUAUGUAUGUACAGUACUCGACUCUCCUAUGGUUUGGCCGCUGCUGGUGGGACUGUGUAUUAUGUGCUUACGGUAGUACCGUGAAGCGUCUUCCGAAUUUGGCAUAGAAGCGGACAAGGACACAACGGUUGCGAAAGGAAACAAUUUUAGUGAAGAAAGAGAAGAGGGAUGGAGAGGCAGGAUCGAAAAGGAACGACGGGGUGGACCGGGGAAAUUGGUAGAUGCACUGGGAAGAGACAUGGACGCAGCGUAGAGAUGUUGAUAUAGCCUGAUCACUGACCUAUCGUUCUCAACCAAUGCAGUGACCUCCGUAGGAGAAACAAAUUGCCCUAGCACAGUGCGGCCCCCCACGGGAUGUCCAGUUCAAAGUUUCUGGACCUCGAUGUCUUUGAUAUUAGCUCACCUGCCUGAAAGUCUGAACAACACAUUGGAAAUUUUUCAAGUCUCUGAUCACUCUCCGACGGGAUUUAUUUGGUUUUUUGCCUCUCUAGAUCGCGUGCGUCUUCCGCACCCAUCCAUUCAACUGUACCUUUCUCACCACACACCACACUUAUAAACCGUAGGAGAAUCAGUUGUUCGCGAUACUGACAGAGAGCAUCCUUAUUUUCAGUUUGUUACAAAUAGAGUUGUGCCACCACCAUGCUCCAGCGACCGCAGCUUUUCUGAUUUUCUGAUUUUUCGAGAAGACAAACAGGAAGCUGAAGUCUACUUUGCGCGACAUAAAUUGUGUCUCUACCUGGUGUAAAAAAGGGGCAUUGUCGUCGUCUCCAGUCCACUUCGCAUGUGAUGUUUCUCUCGUGCGUUCUUCGAGACAACAAAAAAGUUCACCUGCGUUUGUUUUCCGCUCGGGCUCUGUGGCUCAAUCUGCUAAUUCGCAGUUGUUUUCUGCAUGUCUGUUGAAUAGCAUGUCUUUGCGAGGGAUGACUGUUUGUCCAUGAAAACAUGCCGAAAAAUCAAAUUCAUUCUUUCCUGUAUCGAGGGCGCACACUCGCUUUACAUUUCAGACUUUCACCAUAACUGAAAUUAUGUUCAUAAUUUCUCUCUUGCCUUCGUGGGUAUCGGACAAUUCCAUGAAGCCUGGGAGGUACGGCGAAUCUGUUCCGUCUCAAAGGUACAUGGUCAUAUAAAUAUGUGCACAUAAGCCUAUAUGACCAGGUGUAGAUCGGU